CUAGGUUGAGGGUCUUGUCCUUGAUCAUGGUUCUAGGCACCCUGACAUGAAACGACAUGCUGAGAACUGCCAUAUCUUGACAUGCAAUGUAUCUUUGGAGUAUGACAAGAGUGAAGUAAAUGCAGGGUUUUUCUACUCAAAUGCUGACCAGAGAGAGGCUAUGGUUGUUGCUGAAAGGUGCCAGGUUGAUUAGAAAGUUCAAAAAAUUAUUGAGCUGAAAAAACAGGUUUGUUCAGGUAAUGAUAGCAACUUUGUUGUCAUCAACCAAAAAGGAAUUGACCCCCCAUCACUGGACAUGCUUGCAAGGGAAGGAAUAAUUGCUCUUCGUAGAGCAAAGAGAAGAAACAUGGAAAGAUUGGUUUUGGCAUGUGGAGGAGAGGCAGUGAACUCUGUAGAUGAUUUGACUCCUGAAUGCCUGGGUUGGGCAGGAUUGGUAUAUGAGCAUGUCCUUGGUGAAGAGAAAUAUACAUUUGUGGAAAAUGUUAAGAAUCCCUUCUCUUGCACAAUCUUGAUUAAAGGUCCUAAUGACCACACAAUUGCUCAGAUCAAAGAUGCUGUCCGUGAUGGUUUGAGGGCAGUAAAGAACACCAUUGAAGAUGAAUCUGUUGUCUUAGGGGCUGGUGCAUUUGAAGUUGCUGCUAGACAAUAUCUGAUUAAUGAAGUUAAGAAAACAGUUCAAGGGCGUGCACAACUUGGUGUUGAAGCUUUUGCUGAUGCACUUCUUGUGGUGCCUAAGACACUAGCUGAAAACUCUGGGCUUGACACUCAAGAUGUGAUAAUUUCCCUUACGGGAGAGCAUGAUAGAGGAAAUAUCGUGGGAUUGUGCCAAAACACUGGAGAACCUAUAGACCCUCAAAUGGAGGGUAUUUUUGACAAUUAUGCUGUGAAGUGCCAAAUCAUAAACUCUGGGCCAGUUAUAGCAUCCCAGUUGCUAUUGGUGGAUGAAGUUAUUCGUGCUGGACGUAACAUGCGGAAGCCAACUUAGAUGUUCUUACUUGCCUGGAGCUUCUCUUUCGAACAGGGCUUGCGUUCAACUUCCUUUAUUUCGUGGUGUCAGAAAUUGUUGUGACUCGCUACUUUUAAUCGAGAGCUUACCUUAAAAGUGAAGC